AUGAACCCAUCCCGUCUACUCAAUGUUCAUAAAAUUCUGGGGUUUACCUCGGCAUCCCCUAAUAUGCGGACCAGGCGAGCCCAAAUCCAGGAAAUCCAGUUCAAGCCGGUGCUCCCAGAGUAUGAUGUCGCGCUAUGUAAAGAACAUGAGACAGCAGAGGAACAAGACAAGAACAACAAAGCAUUCUCGCAAGCAAUGAGGUCAUUUCUCAAUACCUUAUCCACUUGGCCUGAGCAUGAGAACAGCCAAACCCUAUUCACUAUUGAUUUCGCUCAAUCUGCCAGUGAUCUAGAAUCUCUGGGAUAUCUGUCUGGCAGUACCACCAGUAACAACAUGGCUCACAUGAUCUAUCGGCGCCACCUUUUUGCCGGAAGAUACGCCCAUUCAUAUCUUCAGAUCCAGGAAACCCCGGGAAGCUUUUCUCUCGCUCCAGUAAUUUCCCGUCUAUGCUGGAGCAUUGAUCCAAUGUCUUCCUAUAGACAGGUUGCCCCAGCGGCUUCAUCAAAGAUCAUUUCCCGAUUACCUUGUCUCCAAAGCCUUUCUCUGAGUGCCUGUGACAACGAAAGAAAAGACAAAGCACUACGUAAUCUUCUCCGGGAUGGUAUUAGAUAUAUUUGCUCUCCCAUUAUUUUUCAUUUAUUGACAUGCAAACAGAAUUUGCGCUUACCAUCGCUAAUUGGCCGACAUCUUUAA